AGACACAGAACAUCAUCGUAGACAAGAAACUCUCGAGAGCUAGUUCAUCCACUCGGCGCACACCGUGUCCGCCCUUCUGGAACAGACCGCCGAAGCUCCGAGAAAAGAGCACGGACAGAAAUGGCCACGCGGCCACCCGUCUUCUCCACUCUCACAACAUCCUUCUCCCCCUCCCCACCCCUUCUCCUACGCCGCCUCAAAACCCUAACCCGCGCGGUUGCGUCCUCCGCCCCGCAGCCCAUGGCGUCGUCUCCUCCCACGAAGAAGGUGCUGGUGCCGAUCGCGAACGGGUCGGAGCCGAUGGAGGCUGCAAUCAUCAUCGACGUGCUGCGCCGCGCGGGGGCGGACGUCGCCGUUGCCUCCGUCGAGCCCGGGGCCACGCAGGUCGCCGCAUCCUGGGGCGUCAAGCUUGCCGCCGACGCACUCCUCGCCGACCUUGCCGAAGCUGAUUUUGACCUUAUCUCGCUUCCCGGAGGGAUGCCUGGGGCUUCCACCUUUAGAGACUGCAAAGUUUUGGAGAAUAUGGUUAAAAAACAUGCAGAGAAGGGCAAGCUUUAUGCUGCAGUAUGUGCUGCACCAGCUGUGGCACUGGGAGCUUGGGGUUUGCUCAAUGGAUUAAAGGCAACUUGUCAUCCGUCGUGCAUGAACAAACUUCCUUCAGAGGUGCAAGCUGUAGAAUCAAGGGUACAGAUUGAUGGGAAUUGUGUGACUAGCCGUGGGCCAGGAACAACCAUGGAGUAUUCUGUUGUUUUGGUUGAACAACUGUAUGGCAAAGAAAAGGCCGAUGAAGUUGCCAGGCCAAUGGUUAUGCGUCCCCAGCAUGGUGCAGAGUUUUCAGUGAAGGAGCUGAACUCAAUCAGUUGGAAUGUUGGAGAAAAUCCUCAAAUUCUCGUACCAAUUGCUAAUGGCACAGAGGAGAUGGAGGCAAUUAUGAUAAUUGACAUUCUUCGAAGAGCGAAAGCAAAUGUUGUCGUUGCAUCUUUGGAAGGCACUUUGGAGAUUGUUGCAUCGAGGAAUGUGAAGAUGGUUGCUGAUGUGCUGUUGGAUGAUGUCCUUAAGCAGCAGUACGAUCUCAUUUUAUUACCUGGCGGUCUUGGUGGUGCCCAAGCAUACACCAAAUCAGAUAAGCUGGUUGGUCUGAUCAAGAAGCAAGCCGAGGCAAACAAACUGUAUGGAGCAAUAUGUGCCUCCCCAGCAAUUGCCCUUGAGCCACAUGGCCUGCUGAAGGGAAAGAAGGCUACAUCCUAUCCUGCUAUGUGGAGCAAACUCGCGGACCAAAGCGAAUGCGAGAACAGAGUCGUCGUCGAUGGCAACCUGAUCACUAGCCAAGGUCCAGGCACUUCCAUGGAAUUCUCGCUUGCCAUCGUGGAGAAGCUCUUUGGAAGGGAAAGGGCUCUCGAGCUGGCCAAAGCAAUGGUUUUCGUGUGAGUUGUGUUGCUACUAGAGGGUGACACUGUUUGUGAAUAUACUAGGGGAUGCUGUGUUAGCUGGUGGUUUUUUGCUUCUCACUACAAUAACGCAACAGCUCGUAAUGGAUGGAAAUGCAAUAAAGAGUUCAGAUGAAUACGAUGCAGUUACGAA